AUGUUCAAAAAGUUCAAUAUAAAAGAAGACGUAGCUACUCAAUCCUUGGUAAAAACUUCAGUUCAACGAAGUAUUCGUUCUAAAAUUCUUGAACAGUAUAAAAAGUUAGAACCAUUUGACCAACAGACCAUAUUAUUCUUUCAACACUUUGAUGGACCUUAUUAUCCAACACUGCGAUUACUUCAUAAAUAUCCAGACGCUUUUCCAAGGUUACAAGUAGAUAGGGGCGCAAUUAAAUUUAUCCUAUCCGGCGCAAACAUAAUGUGCCCCGGUUUAACGAGCAAAGGCGCUAGAAUGGAUGAAGACUUACCAACUGAUACUAUUGUUGGUGUGUUUGCCGAAGGAAAAGAACAUGCUCUUGCAAUAGGACUGACAAAAAUGUCUACCGAAGACAUUAAAAAGAUCAACAAGAAUAUAGGUGUUGAAAAUGUUCACUACUUAAAUGAUCCAUUAUGGAAGAGUUUUAUAGAAGCAUAG